AUUGCCAAUAUUACGGUAGAAGAAUCGUUUGAGUUUGGUUGAAAAUAUUUUUUUUUUUCCAUUGAGAAUUCUUAAACAGAGAAAUAGAGACAAUACAAUUUUUCAUGAAAUUGUAUUCAGGUAAUUAUUAUGUUAAUACUAAUUUAAAUUGAUGGAAGAAUAUAGAAAGUUGUAGAAUUUAAUUUUGUAACUUGAAUUAAGAGAGGAAAAAUAGCAUUGGAAUUGUAAAAUGUUAAUAUGCUAAACGUAGGGCGUUUAACAAGACUUUUGCUAAUAUAUCUAUUUUUUUUUUUUUAAAAAUAAAAAAAAUUAGGGGAAAAAUGGGCCCUCUAAAAAUUAGGGGCCCUACGCAAGGGGCUCUUUGCACUCCCUCUUCUACGGCCCUGCCAGCCAACAUCAAAAAUCCUAAACAACCCCAUUAUGUUCAAUCCAAUUGACAUUACAAUUUUUUUUUUUGAAAGAUUUACCUUACAAAUUUGAUUGUGAUUGGAUUGAAUUUAUAAUCCGAAUACCUUUAUUUCGGCUCUAAUUUUCAAAAAAAAAAAAAAAAAAAAAAAAAAUAAGGUGUGACUUGGAAAAAUGACCGAAGAGUUCUGUCUCAACUAUUGUUCUAAAAAAAAAAAACUGUCUUCCUCUCAAAUUCUGUCGCACCCUCUCCACUCUUAAUAGUUAAUACUUCUCCGUCGCGCCGGAAAACAACCGUCGACAACCACCCAGCUACCAGGGUACAAUCGGUUGCUUAUAACGACCAUUCGUGUAUCAAGUACCUUCGAUUAUACGGGUAAUGGGAGAGCCUUGAAACGGGUGCUUAAUUAGAGUGUGUGACAUUGGACAGCAGAAUGGCGGGAUUUGCAGCAGUUACACCUAAGAUGACAACAAUGGAAACCACUCACACCCACCAGCGUCUCUUUGACUUUGCUAAAACUGCUCUAUUCAAGAUCUUCCUCUUCCCUUAUGCUACCGUGUGUGAGUUGUUUUGUGGCCAAGUACCAGAUGUGGAGAAAUUUGACGAUGCUCUAAUUGGUCAUUACAUUGGGAUUGAUGUGGAAACCUCUGGAGUAAGCCAAGUUCAAGCGGAGUGGGAGAGUCAGCAUAAAGCAUAUACUUCACAGUUCUUUGAGCUUGAUCCUUGCGCAGAAAUUCUGGAACCACAUUUGCUGGACAUGUGCAACACAGUUGAUAUUGUUUGCUGCAUGCAGCAUUUACAGAUAUGCUUCACAUCUGAAGAGAGAGCUAGGAUUCUUCUGCGUAAUGUUUCAUCUUUGCUGAAACCAGGGGGUUACUUUUUAGGAAUCACUCCUGACUCCUCCAUGAUAUGGGCAAAGUAUCAAAAAAAUGUUGAAGCAUACCACAACAAAAGUGGUGGAAUGAAGCCGAACAUUGUACCAAACUGCAUUCGAUCAGAGAGCUACAUGAUUACUUUUGAAAUGGAGGAAGAAAAGUUCCCCUUGUUUGGAAAGAAAUACCAGCUGAAGUUUGCUAGUGAUAACUCUGCAGAAACACAUUGCCUAGUUCAUUUCCCAAGCUUUAUCAGGUUGGCUAGAGAAGCUGGUCUCGAGUAUGUAGAGAUUCAGAAUUUAACCGAGUUUUAUGAUGAUAACAGAGCUCAGUUUGGAAGUUUAAUUUUAAAAUUUGGCCCGAAUCUGGUGGAUCCUCGUGGAAGACUUGUUCCUCGUUCUUAUGAUGUGUUAGGUUUAUACACAACAUUUAUUUUUAGAAAGCCCGAUCCAGACAUGGCUCCUCCUAUUACAACCCCCGUGUUGCCGGAUGGACCUCAUAUUUAUGAUGAGAGAGAAUGGCAAGGGACUGCUUGGAGAGACGAUGAUCUUAAUGGUACAACAGAGCCGCCUCCUGGUCUUGGCAAGAUCAGUGAUCAGAAGGGGAUUUUAGGUCCUGGCCCUGUCGACUUACGUUUCCCGGAUGUCAUAUAAGACAGUAUAACUACGGAGCAAGAAUAUUGAAUUCAAUUACACUUGUGAGUUUUUGACCUUUAUCUGCACUGACAUAGAGGAUGAGAGUAAAUGAUGGUUCAUAUGUACAUCAAACAACAAUUACCCAUAUUUUUUUAUUUUAUUUUUAUUAUUUAUUGAUAAUUUUAUAAGUAUCCAAUAAAAUCACCAUAUAACUCUAUUAUUAUUAACAAAAGUAUGUGGCUAACAAUAAAUUAUUUCAAUGUCCUUAUUAGUCAUUUUGUAUGAACAACUAGUAAUCAACAACUAUUUUGUAGUAUUUACCAAACAUUUCUAUUCAAAUUUACAACUAUGAGAUUGUGGGAUAGUCUCCCAUUGGUGAGGAGUUCAUUAUCCUUCCCUCUCUUAAGGAGCCUUAUUUGCGAACUUAGAUGGUAUCGAUCGAAGUAAAAUUUUCAUAGAAUAAGACGUCUUCUCCUUACCUAUAUAAUAAUUAAAAAAAAAAAAAUUGCAACAGAUAUGUUGUAAUGCUUGUAGACGUGCGGAGUGCAUGACCAUUUCUCUCUUUUUCUCUCGUAAUUACUAUAUGCCAUCUAUACUAUUACAUGGUCUUUGAAGACCUUUACACCAGCCUCCAUUUAUGAACUUAACAAGGCUACAUGUUUAUGAAAUUCUACGAUUAAUCCUCUUUUCGAAUUUCACAAAAGAAAACAAAAAAUUGUGUUUAAAGGCAGAUUUUCUCUUAGAAGAAAUCAUCAGACUCAGAUAAAUCCAACAGUCAACCUCACAUCAGUUUGAAGGGUAAUCAUCUGAAAAAGGUUUAAUCAACAUCAUUCGUAAUAGCAUGUCUUCCGAGAAUGGUAGAGCUGACCCGAGCCCGAGUUUGUUGAAUGCAGGUAAGGGUUUCUCAUUUGCUUAUAAUUAUGUAAGAGUAUAUGAUCAAUGAUCAUUUCAUCAAUUGAGAAGAGACUUUGUUUUCUUGCUUAUAAUUAUGUAAGAGUAUAUGAUCAAUGAUCAUUUCAUCAAUUGCGUCAUUUAGUAUGAGCAUGAAAUUUUAAAAAAAGGGUUAAAAGGCGGGAAAUGUCAAAUAUGAUACAAACAACUACGGUGUACCUCUUACUUUAUUUCUUGAUAGAAGUUUUUGUUUUGUUACCAUACCGGAUGAUAGAUUCUGUCAAAAGUUUCGUUAUUGAGGUUCACAUUUAACGAUUACAAUAUAUAAUCCCAAAUUAAGAAUCCUAAUUUAAAAUUGAAGAGUGAAUACAAAAUUUUAGAGUGAAUUACAUGUAACUGGGUGUAAAAUUAGCAAGAUGAAAAUGCAGAUAGUUUUAUGCCAUUAAAAUUUCAUUAAAUUAACCCCAAAUUGUAAAACUAAAUUUAAAGCCCAAUAAUUAUAUCAGUUUUCAUACAGAAAAGUACCAAAAUCAUGCUAUUUCAGCUAUAAUCAGCUUACUGACAUCUACAUCAUUUUUUCUUUUUUUGGCAACACAACUACUAGUAUGUUACCACUAUUGUGAACAAAACCUCAAUUUUGAUCAAUGAUCUUAAUUUUACACUUAAAUCCACUUAUAAAAACAGGACUAUAACUCCUUUACCCUUAAAAAUAAAAAUUUUCCAUAUUUGUUACCUAUCUACAACUGUUUCGUAAUAGAUACGAAGUAUAAUGAUGCAGGGAACUUAAAUUCGUCAUGGGAGCAGUCAGGAGGCAUACCAAGUCCAGAUAUUCAUACUCCUGAA